AGCCCCAGCGGCGGGGGCCGGGCUCGCCUGCCCCCGCAGCCGGGAGCGCUCGAGGGGCGGGCCAUGGCCGCUUACUGCCUGGGCUUGGCGGGCGCCGCUUCAGCACCAGCGGAGCUGGACAGCGCCUGCUGCAUGGAGCUGCAGGGGGCCGCGGGAGCAGCGGCCGCCUUAGCCCCGCUCCAGGGCGGCCCGGGGGAGCUGGAGCUGGCGCUGGAGGAGGAGCUGGCUCUCCUGGCCGCCGCCGGGGAGCAACGGCAGCAGCAAGCCGGGGAGCAGGACGCGGGGCCUGGCCCGGCCGGGCAGCAGCCCGAGCUGCUCUCGCUGAUCAGGCAGAAGGAGAAGGACUUGGUGCUGGCCGCCCGGCUGGGGAAGGCGCUGCUGGCGAGGAACCAGGACAUCAGCCGGCAGUACGAGCGGAUGCACCAGGAGCUCACCGACAAGCUGGAGCAUCUAGAGCAAGAGAAACACGAAUUAAGGCGACGAUUUGAGAACAGAGAAGGGGAAUGGGAAGGAAGGGUGUCCGAGUUGGAGAGCGAUGUGAAACAGCUACAGGAUGAGUUGGAGAAGCAGCAGGUUCACCUUCGUGAAGCAGAUCGAGAAAAAACACGAGCUGUCCAGGAACUAUCUGAACAGAACCAAAGACUCUUGGAUCAGCUCAGCAAGGCAUCAGAGGUGGAGAGACAACUCUCAAUGCAGGUCCAUACCCUUCGAGAGGACUUCCGGGAGAAGAACUCAUCAACCAGUCAACAUAUAGUACGACUCGAAAGUCUCCAGGCUGAGAUUAAGAUGCUUACCGAUAGGAAGCGGGAGCUGGAGUGUCGCCUUAGUGCCAUGAUGGAGGAAAACGAUCUGCUUCAGGGAACCGUGGAGGAACUGCAGGACCGAGUGCUGGUCCUGGAAAGACAAAGCCAUGAUAAGGAUCUUCAGCUGCAUCAAAGUCAGCUGGAGCUCCAGGAGGUGCGGCUGUCCUGUCGGCAGCUCCAGGGAAAGGUAGAAGAGCUUAGCGAGGAGAGAAGUCUCCAAAGUUUCAACACAACCAGCACAUCCCUGCUAUCUGAGAUUGAGCAGAGCAUGGAGGCAGAAGAGCUGGAACAAGAGAGAGAACAGCUGAGACUGCAGCUCUGGGAGGCCUAUUGCCAAGUCAGGUAUCUCUGCUCUCAUCUCAGAGGAAACGACAGCGCAGACUCUGCAGUCUCCACAGACUCCUCCAUGGAUGAGUCUUCAGAAACCUCAUCAGCCAAAGAUGUUCCCGCUGGCAGCCUACGUGCCGGUCUCAAUGAGCUGAAGAGGCUCAUACAAAGUGUUCUGGAUGGCACAGACUCCCCGAGUUCUCGGAGAAGUGAUGAUGAUGCCUUAGAAGAACAGAUCAGGCAAACAAGUGAGGACUCAAGAGCCCUGAGGGAGUUAAUGGAGGGAGAAAGAGGGAAGCUGAGGCAGAGCCUGGAGGAGCUGCAGAGACUUCACAGCCAGGUGACGCUGCUGAGUGUGGAGAUGACUGCACUGAAAGAGGAAAGGGACAGGCUCCGAGGGUCAGCUGAAGAUAAGGAGACAAAUGAACAGCUUCUGAAGGCCAUCAGGGAUCGAGAUGAGGCCAUUGCCAAGAAGAAUGCAGUGGAAAUGGAACUAGCCAAGUGCAAGAUUGACAUGAUGUCUCUGAACAGUCAGCUGCUGGAUGCUAUUCAACAGAAACUGAACCUCUCGCAGCAGCUGGAGGCAUGGCAGGAUGACAUGCACAGGGUCAUUGACCAGCAGCUGAUGGACAAACAUCUGAAGGAAUGGAGCAGCCUGCUUAUUCCUUCUCCAAUGGCUACAGAGCAAAGCAGUGUGCAAGACCCUCCCCCGUGUUUCAGGCCGGAGCAGCAGGGGGAUGAGCCCAUUGGGGCAGAAAGGAACCGUCUCUUUUCCUUUUUCAAGAAAAUUAAUUGAAAGGAGAAAUCUUUCCAAUUAUUCCUGCUUAGAGCUGGGGGCAACUGCCCAGCUUCCUAAUGGACCUGAAUCUGAUCAAAAAGAAAAAACACAAAGGGUGAAGGAAUUAACCCUUGAGACUGCACUAUUUACAAUCCACCUGGCCUGAACAAAAUGUUUACAUGAAUUGGAGAUUUGCAGUUUGACAAUGUGAUACCACCUGAGAGCAACUUUUCUUAUUCCUUAAGCAAAGUUAUAAACUUCAGGGUACGUUUUAGGCACUUUGACACAGGCCACUCAGUUUCUGCUGUGAAGAAUAAUCCAAUUGUCUUAAACUCAUUUUUUCAUGCUGGAGAAGGAAAUAAGCAACCCCAGGACAAGGCAAUUCAGGGGACUGACUACUAACAUCACAGUAAGAGUAGGGGAAAGGAGUGGCCUUCAUACAAUUUCCAGUUCUGGCAGCUGGGCUGUCCUGCAGAUUACAUAGGCUGUAGUUGCAUUGGUCCUGGGAACGUAACAUGUUUACAUGGCUGUAGCUUACUCUAUGGGGGAAGUCCUUAUUGUCCUCUGUGUAUGACUGGAAGUCUUUAUUCCCCCUGGUGCUCUCCAUAGCUACUCAUACUGCAUCAGGAAUCCAGAUCCCUUCCAGCUCAGUGCAGUUGUAAAUCUGCUAAUGCUAAGAGGUGAAUCUAGCUCCCUGUUGGUCAGUUCCAGACCCCCUGAGUAUUGAGGAUUUGAUCAUUGGAGAGGCUGAGCAUCUACAACUCAAUGUGCAGUGAAUGGGAGUUGGGAAUGUUCAGUACUCCUCAGGUACCAACUUUUCCCUUAGCCUUAAGGCUGGCUGGGGAAGCUCAGCCUUCGGGCCAAAGGCCUUGUGCAUCUUCCUAGUGAAAUCAAUAGCCAAAAAUCUGAGUCACUUCAAUGGGAAUAAGGACUGGGCUCCAAGAACCUGCCAUCUCAAAGUCCUGAGCACUUAAAAUUGAUGGAUUUGAAUAGGAAUGGGUUGUUGUGUGUCUGAAAAUCAGGUCCUAGGUGUAGCUCUUCCACUGUUCAGCAUUGCUGCAGUAGCUUUAGUUAUAGGGCUGAUCUUCAGGGCCACCCAUAGCUCCUGUGUAUAUGUUUUCUGCUACUCCGGCCUUGAUGGUAGAAGGUUGGAUCCCCUUAUGCUCAGUGUAGCUGUAGACCCUCCCCCUUGUAGUUAGAAGGCUUUGAUCAGCCUGGUGUGAGGAGUAUGGUCAUGCUGCUACUUUACAUAUACGCACACACUUUGGUGCUAGAAGUCCUGCAGUAUGUAGGAGAUAUUAGUAGGGUUGGUACCUUCUGCAGGCCAUAUACUACCACUUAGAGCUUCUUCCUUUAAAACUACUUUCCCACCAAUGAAAUAAGCAUUUCCCCAUUAGAGAAAGCUGACGCUGGCAUGUUUAAGCAACAGCCUGUUCUAGAAGGGUUUUAUGCUGCUGUCACCUUUUCAUUUCCUAACUGCCAGUCUCCUACAGUCCUCUCCAAGCUGCAUACCCAGCAUGUGUGUGGGUGAGGAGGGGAAAUCUAUAGCCAUGAGGGAGUGUAUACGCGCCAUCCUAAAAAAAAGGGGCUUAAGUUAUGCAAUGAAGAUGCAGUGAUAGAAAGGUGCCUUUUGUUGCAUGUUCGUCUGGGAGGGGAGAGUGGACGUGGGUCACAGCUGCUUAAGCUAGCGGACUGAAAUUCACAGCAUGGCCCUCUUCGUUUAAGGAAGAAGCUAGUCCUUAAUCUCUGCAUAUUUUUUUCCAGUAGGAAGGUUGGGAGAGUUAGGAAAGGAAAGCAAGCAUAUUUUGAGCUGACGAUUGGGCAUGGGAGCUAUUCAGCCAGAACACUGGGAGGACUGAACCCAGGGACCAGGUCAGAGGAAACUGUCCUUGUGCUGAGCUGCUGUUGCUCAACUGCAACAAAACUACCUUACACCAGAUAGAUACUGUUUUGUGCAUCAGUACAAUGUCUCAGCAAGAUGUUCCCAAAGUGUCACGUAGUUAAUGCUGGUUCUUUAAGUGUCCUAAUGUUUCAUCGUCCCUUAACCAGGGUGGGCAACCUGCAGCCUGUGGGUGGCCCAUCAGGUAAUCCACUGGGGGGCCACGAGACAGGUUUGUUUACACUGACCAUCUGCAGGCACGGCUGUCCGCACCUCUUAGUGGAGCAGUUCGCUGUUCCGGGCCAAUGGGA